GCUUGCUAAAGACUUCACUUCCCUUCACUAACCAUAGAAUGUUGCGCUGCCAAGAUAUUUGAUUGCACUGCCAAAUGUCUAGACGCGCCAGGCUCACCACGCGUCCUCUUCACCUCGCGCACCACAUCCCUUCACGCGUCACAAUCUGCGAGCAAACGCGGAUCCGUUCACUAAUGGGCUCACCUGCUGGCCUUCCGUGACAUCUGCGGUUCAUUUUCAGUUUGCAAUUCAACGGCAAUCCUCAUCUACCUUGGGCGGUGCCUCCAUAUAUCACGCUCCACUUGCGACCCACGACAUCAUACGUGAUCGUCACAAGCACUUCUGGAACAAGGACUAGGCCUAGCGGAGUUCUCCAAUGUCUUUUGUCAUUGUGCCGCUGUACGCGGGCUCCGACGGCGAUGCAACGCAUGUCCCGCCGGCUGGCAAUCACGUACAGGUUGACCCCCCAGCGCUGUACCUGGAAAAGAUUGGUCAGCAGUGGAUGGAGAGUCGCGGAGAAGCACGCCCUGGGGUCAAGUAUAUCCUCGAGAGAUUGCCUACCGGCUAUAGCAUGUGGCAGCGACCACGUCCCACGAAUGCUAAGCUUGUGGACAAGUAUCUAUAUGGGCAUCCCAACCACAAAAAGUUUGACUCACCAAAUCGCUACUACCCUCAUUUCCAACAUCUCAUGGAUAAUGGAGGUGACAGUAUGGGUUGUCCGUGUACAGUGUGCGCCGGAAGUUCAGGCAUACUGCCAAAAAGCUCGUCGAGCAGCGUGCAAAUGCACAGCUCAAGCGCAGCAUCUUCCCGGCCUCCAACGCCCAGGGUCCCUCAAUCUCCACCGCCAAUGGCUCCAUCCGCGCAUGUCAAGGGACGGCCAAAGACUAUCAGUGCCGGCCUGGAUACCAGUCGCGUUGAUGAGGAAGGUACACCAGAUGUGUAUCGAAACCUGGUGGACAAGCUGCGACGAUACACAACAAUCGACGAGGUGAUCGAGGAACCACUAAGCCCGGACUGGCGAGCCGAACAAGAUAUCCUCCCAAGCUGGCUCAACAACCUGAGAGAGCGAGAGCAAUGGAUGCCACGAGUUGGCGAUAUCGUUCUAUACAUUCGAGAACUACCAGACAGAGUGAAAAUUGUUCGACACGACGUGACUGCAGAGUUACAACUCUACAACGAGCAAUCAGAGACUUUCCUUGGUCCACCGCCUUGGGAGGCUGGUCUGGUAGGCGAGGUUCCGAAAGCGGCAACUGUACAUGAUCUUACAGAGGUCGAUUCAAAGACGAGCAUUGUCACUUCCGGUGUGCGUGUUGAACCCAUACCCGACGCGAACAACGAGGACAAGUCACUGUCGAAGCGACACAAAUAUGUCUCCUUGCGCCAGAUCAGACCGCUAGUGCUUUGGCAGGAGCUUCUACAUCAUGUACCUCGAGAAAAUUGGGACGCUACUGUCGUAAACGCCUUGAGCCUUGCAUCCACCUGCUCGUUGAUGGGAAAGCAUCGCUUUCGCGGGACAUGGCCGAACGCUAACAUCUACUGUCAUGGACUCUACCUUGGCUCAGAACUGCUAGCCGUGGGCGACGCUGUCCGUCUGCUACCAAAUUCCAAGUCCGGGCAGCCUGGAUGCUCUGAGAUCUUGAUCAUCAAAUCUCUCCGUCUCAAAUGGUCAAAUAUGGACAUGGCCUCCAACAAUGACUAUGAUGAAGGACGGCCAUACGACUCGGCGAUUUGGAUCUAUGGAACUGCGUACACCAACGAUCCUACACGCUCCAACAAGGAGUGGCUAUCUGAGCAAAACGUCGAACUACCAAAACUAGCACAAGAAUAUUCAUCUUGGUAUCCGCUUCACCCAUCAAACAAGGAACUUGCGCUCCCUCUCUCCCGCAUCUUGGGCCGGCUCUACGAACCCGAUGCCAUGGCGAUCUGGUUGAACUCGGAGCCCGACGACCCGCCAGACCUCGACGUAGGAAGAGAAGGGCUGUUAGAAGCCCGUGCUUUCUCUCGCAAGCGCGACCAACGCAUUGCCCAGAACGCCAACGCCACUUGGUAUUGGGGUGACAAUCGCGCUGACGCUCUAAACCUCCACACCAUCAACGGGCUCGAGGUCGCAAAGUACGAUCGGGAGCGGGACGUCAGGCAGUGGCGCAAGGACAUCAAACUCAUUGAGGGAAUGAACGACAAGGCCACCGCAACUAUGAAGCCCGAGGCAUCCACUAGUGCCGGCGGAAGGGGAUUGAGAAGUUUCAUGGCACCUGGAACCGCGUCACUACCCGUCAGGACACACUCAACAGGCGAAGCUAGCGAUCUUAGCAGCAGCACAGUCGGUGGCACGUCGUCUAGCGAGGGUAAAAGCCCAGCUCCGGGGAAAAAGAAACGCCGUGUCUUCUACUUGAGCGAAGAUGAAGAUGAGAUUCGACACAACACGAAGGUCGUCGAUGAAGCGUCGGGUACUCCGAAAAAGAAGGCGAAGGUUAUGGUCGUUAUUGACUAAGUUUCGAGCGUCUGCAAUUGAGCACAGAAGCGUGCAUACAAUGACGACGAAUGAAGGUGUUAUAUCGAAGAUGGGAAUGCUACUGCUGCGAUCACGCAGCGACAUAUAAAGACUUAUGAGGAACAUGUUUAUGGGCGCAUCAUAUGCUAUUGAGCUGAAUGCUCCAAAGUGGCAGUUGCUUGGGCUUGUGUCCCACAUCCGCUUCCCUGCGAUAUCAUGGACAGGCAUAUUGCAGGUCCUUCACGAUUGCUGAACUGAUUCAGCGAUAUAAUAUCCAUUAAAAAUAUAGAAGAAAAAAAUCGACUGCCAA